ACAGUGGAGGCAGGUCCUGUCCCGACUGUCAGCCUGCUUCUGCCUGCUCCGUGGGCUGGCCAUGGAGAAACAUUCAGUUGCUUGUUAAUUUUUUUUUUUCCAGAGACUGAGACUACCUUGAGCAGCCUGAAACGAGAGGAGAAGGCUGCGGGAGUCCUGUUCCCUGUGGAUUGGGAGGGCUUUCUGUCAUGGCCAGUUACCUGGAAAGUGAGCCUCCCUCUCCUGGGGAGAGCUCAGGAGAUGAAAGUCAAGGGGUUGAAGCAACCAGAAUCUGUGAAAAAAUGAAACUGAAUCAGAGACUUGCAGCAAAGGAGCUGGUCAACACAGAGGCCAAGUAUGUGCACAAUCUCCAACUCUGUGCUUCUGACAUUCGGAGCCAUCUACAUGAGCUGCCACAGGGAGAUUUGGAUGUGAUAUUCUCAAACAUUGAUGAUAUUAUCAAGGUAAACAGUCGUUUCCUCAAAGACCUAGAAAAGGCAGGCUCUGAAGAAGAACAGAUAAGCUUACUUGGUAAUUUAUUCCUUGAAUUCCAAGAGGAGAUGGAGAACACCUAUAAGGUCUACUGUGCUUGCUACAAUCAGGCUUUGGCCCUGGUGGAGACAUAUAGGAAGGUACCCAAGCUACAGAAGGUGAUUCAUGAUGUCAUCACUGCACUGGUGCCACAGGCUUGCGCUUCAGGCCUCAGUUUCUUGCUGGUGAUGCCUGUGCAGCGGGUGACCAGAUACCCACUCCUCCUGCAGAAGAUCCUAGAGAACACGCCUCCUGAUGACGAGGCCUAUGAGGCCUUGCAGAGGGCCACCAGAGCCAUGCAAGAAGUUAAUUCCAACAUCAACGAGUAUAAGAGGCAGAAGGAAAUUGCCACAAAAUACAACAAGCUGGAGCAUCUGACAGUCAGGGAGAGGUUGGCCCGGAUUAAUACUCACUCUAUCUCCAAGAAGACCCUGCGCCUAAGUCAGUUGUUCAAGCAAGAAGCUGGGAUUGUGACCAGGACUGAAGACAGGGAGUUUGAUGAUUUGGAAGAGAAGUUCCACUGGGUGGCUUUAUGUGUGAAUGAGCUGAAGAGCAAUGUGGCAGCUUACUUGGAUCAUUUGGAGACUUUCCUCAGGAUCAAACCAUAUGAAUGUGACCUGGAGAUGGAAGGUGGAGCUGUGCAACAGUACUGCUGCUUCACAAGAGACCUGCACCUACUGGUCUUCUUGGAAUUUAAGCAACGACUGGAAAGGCUGGUGUACCACCCACUUCACCACCUGUCCAAAGCCCUCCUAGGGCCUCAGAAUCUGAUCAAGAAGCGUCUGGACAAACUGUUGGACUUUGAGCGGACAGAAGAAAAGCUGGCUGAAAUGGGCAGUAUGACCUAUGAAGAGGAGGCCAUCAGACACACCUACCAGGCCCUGAAUUCCUUACUGGUGUCUGAGCUUCCUCAGUUUAACCAGGUGGCCAUCCAGUGGCUGGGUCAGAUCUUGAACACACUCAUGGCCCUCCAGAGGGAUCUUGCCCAACAAGUGCUGCAGAGGGCAGAAAGAGAGUUGGGUCAGCUGCCCCAUAGCCAUGUUUCUGAUUUUGACUUCAGGAAGCUGAUAGAAGACACAUUAGACAAAACCAGUGCCCAACUCCAAUCCUUCUGUCAGAACUUUCAGAAGGUGUUGCCAGUUCCAGUAAGACAACCACUCCAACCUGCUGCAGAAAGACAGGUCCAGGCCCUCAUGAGCAAGUACAGCCCCAGCAAACUCUACCAGGUGACAAGUAACAUCAGCGGUAGUGGGAAUCUGGCUCUGACCCUUCAGAAGGGGCAGAUUGUGGCUGUCCUUCAGGACAGGGAUAUCAAAGGCAAUACUAGUCGUUGGCUGGUGGACACUGGAGGCUAUCGAGGGUAUGUGCCAGCUGGAAAACUAGAACCAUAUCAGGUGGUCCCACACGACAAGCCCAGUAUGCAGUCAGGGUCAGGGGAUGGUUUCAAGUUCCUUCCAGUGGAGACUCCCAGAUCAUCGACCCAUGUUGCCAUGCCUGUAUUUCAGGUGGUGGCUGCAUAUCCAUUUGUAGCCAGGAGCAAUUAUGAAGUGAGCCUACAGGCUGGACAGUCGGUAACAGUCCUGGAGAGACAGGACAAGAAGGGGAACCCAGAAUGGAGCCUUGUGGAAGUGAAUGGACAGAGAGGUUAUGUGCCCUCCAACUUCUUGGUCUGUGUUCCAAGCCCCACACCUUGGGGCUGGAGUUUGCCCACUGGUGACAGCUCCCUAUCACACAUGUAGUAGGGACAGGAGGAAGCUAUGAAGAGUUUUUAGUCAGACACUGGGUUAAUGUGGGUAAGAAGGAUUUCAGAGCAGAACACAGGACUGGAUGGGUGUAAGACAAGACAGUGGGAAAAUAAAGCAAACCUUCUAGAUGUGAUAUCUGCUGCCACCAAGGAACUGAGGGGCAUGGAUGAUGGGGUGAGUCCUUUGGAAUGUCUCUCCAUGGAGCCUUAGUGGGCAGAGAAGAUCUAUGAGGACUUGGCCCACUGGCCUGCAGCCACAUGUUGCAAGAAGCAAUAUAUGAGAGAAAGAUAUCACAAUGCUUUAGAAAGAGUGCCAGAUGUGGUAUCAGAUAACUGUGGUAUGAAUUCUGGCUCUCCUAAGUUUUAUUUAUUUAUGUGACUUCAAGUAAGUCGAUUAUUCCCUAUGGGCCUUAGGGUCUUCAUCUGUAAACUGAGGGGGUUGCAUUAGAUGACCUCUGAGGUCCUUUCAGCUCGAAAUCUGUGAUAAUGUGAUCCUAAUGUGAAGCUCUCAGCCCAAGAACCAUGAAGGUAGAGAGACAGCUUCUGGGUCUAAUGCAUAUCUGGCAAGUCUUCCCUUGGUCUUUCUUUUGGGAAACAGGCAUAAUUCAUCUUUUACCCUUAGUCAUAUUGGGAAGAUGGCUUUGGGAAUUCUCAGGAGAGUAGAGGUACGGAUAAUAAUAUUGGGUGGGAGCAUUGAUCCCAGGAGGUCUUUGCCAAGGUGUGGUUGAUUAGACAGCAGUUCCUCAGUGUGCGUGAGCUAUAAAAUGCCCAACAUUAGGCACUUCAUAAAAGGAUUCUUUGUUUCUCUUUCUCCUUCCUUUCUCUCUCUCUCUCUCUCCCUCCUUCCUUCCUUCCUUCCUUCCUUCCUUCCUUCCUUCCUUCCUUCCUUCCUUCCUUCCUUCCUUCCUUCCUUCCUUCCUUCCUUCCUUCCUUCCUUUCUUCCUCUCUCCCUCCUUCCUUCCUUCCUUCCUUCCUUUCUCCCUCUCUCCCUCCUUCCUUCCUUCCUUCCUUCCUUCUUAAAAUCAGCAUCUAGGGGGCACAAUGCAUUAGAGCCCUGAGUCUGGAGUCAGAAAGACCCAAGUUUAAACCCAGCCUCAGAUACUUUAUAGCUGUGUAGCCUUGGGUUAGUCACCUAUACCCUAUUUGCUUUCAUUCCCUCAAUCAUAAAAUGAAGAUAAUAGCACCUACCUCCCAAGUUGUCAUGAGGCUAAAAUGAGAUGGUAUUUGUAAAGCAUUUAUCAUAGUGCCAAUCACAUAGUAGUCACUAUAUAAAUGCUACUUAUUAUUGUUAUUAUUUUAGCUUUUUAGAAAAGAUUCAGGAAGUCCUAGAGAUUUCCUCUUUAUCAGCUGGGUUUGCGUGAUUUAGACUACCUACAGUUCCGGCAUCAUCCCUAGAUAUUUUGUGAUUCUUAGAAGUAAACUUUCCUUAAAUCUGGAACAAAAUUAGAAUGCAGAUUAUGAAUACAGCACAUGUUUGGUGGUUGUUUCAGGGAAAGCUUGCCACUUUGGGGGAUGGGAUAGGACAGAGCUCAGUCUCCAAUUGCCACCUAUGCCUCAAGCUAGGCCAGGCAAUCAGCAGUGUUUGUGUAGAUCAUAAUUGGCCAGCUCUUUGAUGUUAACUUGGAGAGACCAUGUAUAUUUUCAGUGCCGGCUAGAAUUUUGGGGCCAAGGUGUGAAUGUCCAUAUUUUUAGACAAAGGAUAAAAAGCAUUCUUUGCAAGACACAUAGAACAAAUGGUAGAUACUGUGGAUUUUUUUUUUAAUCAUAAAGAUUAGGUAGAGCAAAAUUAGAGUGAGUUUCCAAGUGUGAGAAGAGGUGACAUUUUGAUUUGGGAGAAACAUCAGAUCAAUGCCCUAUUCUGAAGCAGCCUGAGCCAUACCUUCUGAAGUAGCCACAGGAAAAAUAGAACCUCGUAGUUAUGGGUACCAGCAAAUUCACUUUCUGAUGUUCUUCUAAGGGUCUGUGCUGCCUGGCAAUAAGGGGACCUCAGGCCACACAGUCCCUUUCACCUGCUCCAAAACAACUUUCUCUAACAUUCCACUCACAGUCCUCCCUCCUUGUAGGGAAAUGGAGAGAAUAAUGGAAGCAGGAAGUCCAUUCAUGUGUCCUCUAUUGAACUAAACAAGAUUUAGAUCGAUGGGGCAAUUUUGAAGUUACUAUUGAAAAUAUAUCAGAGGCCAGAAUAAAAUGAGACUUAUUGUUCUAGGGGAUCAGUUUUGCUGAAUGUAUUUAUUUUAUGAAGAUCUGUACAAAAGUUGAGGGUUUUUAACUCUUACCUUCCAUCUUGGAGUCAAUACAGUGUAUUGGCCUCAAGGCAGAAGAGUGGUAAGGGCUAGGCAAUGGGGGUCAAGUGACUUGCCCAGGGUCACACAGCUAGGAAGUGUCUGAGACCAGAUUUGAACCCAGGACCUCCUGUCUCUCGGCCUAGCUCUCAAUCCACCGAGCUACCCAGCUGCCCCCCUUUUUUAGAAUUUUAGAAAUGUAGAGGUUUCAAAAGAUGUCUAGAAUAUCCACAUAUGAUAGUAUGAGUACUAUUGUUUGUAUUAAUCAGUCAGUCAAUAUACAUUUAUUAAAUGCCUAUAGUAUGCCAGGCACUGUGCUAAGCUACUAAGACUAAUAGCUGAGAGCAGCUGGGUGGCUCAGUGGAUUGAGAGCCAGGCCCAGAGAUGGGAAGUGCUGGGUUCAAAUGUGACCUCAGACACUUCCUAGCUGUGUGACCCUGGGCAAGUCACUUAACCCCCAUUGCCUAGCCCUUUCCCCUCUUCUGCCUUAGAACCAAAACACAGUAUUGAUUUCAAGAGGGAAGGGAAGGGUUUCAGAAAAAAAAAAAGACUAAUAGCCAGGAAUAACUAGCUGGCCAAUUAGAUAGAGCACUACUCUCGAGUCAGAAGGACCUGGGCUAAAAUCUGACUUCAGACAUUUCUUAGCUGUGUGACCUUGGGCAAGUCACUUAACCCUGAUUGCCUGUUCCUUACCUUAGAAUUGGCAAAGCAUGGUUAGGAACAGGCAUUGAUACAGAUAAGUAACAGAAUAGGCAGAAGAUAAAAGUUUUUUUUAAGACUUAUAGCCAAGUGUUAUUAGUAUUUAUGAUAAUUUGGGGAAGAGUAGGAGUUCAGAUCUGUUUUCUCAGUGUACAGAAUCCCUAGUAUAGAAUCCCUUUCCAAUGCUAGGAUGCUCCCAAGAUUGAACUUGAACCCACAUUUUCCUCCCUCUAAGGCCAAUCCUCUAGUUUUCAAUAACAAUAAUAACCCACAUUUCCACAGCACUUUAAAUACAAAGCACUUUCUUCCCAAUACUGUGAUAGAAGCAAUUUUAAGUAUUAUUCUCAUUUUAGAGUUGAAGAAACUGAGUGGUUAAGUGACCUCUCCAAGAUCACCCAGUUGGCAUUUGAGCGUAGGAGCAAUGCUUUUUUACCCAAAAACAUCCUGCCUCUUUUAACCUGGCCUGAACUUCCACAGAAACUAGGAGCAUUUGCAGUGGGCUGUUCCAAAUCAUGUCUUCCCACAUCCAAUAGUAACAAGUGGGUGGGCAGCUCCAAACUCUCUGGGGAAAGCCUUUCUCCAGCACGUGCCAUAUUGGAGGUCCUGCUGAGAGCUGAGAAUAAGGUCGAGGGUAACCAAUGAAUGGAACCUGGUGCUGGAGCCCUGAUCAGUAUCGCUGGGAUGGGAUGAUGCCCGAAGAGAGGUGCUUCCCUUAACAGGACAAAUGGAAGGAGAAAAAAUGUGAAGCUGUGGAGUUGAGGGCCAAAUGCUGGUGAGGCUUGCUGAGAUCUGCCAUGGCCAUUCUGGGACAGAAGAGGACUGAGGCAAGUUGUGGAAUGAUGGACAGCCUUUUGCCUUCUGGGUUCUUGCUUCUUCUGACUUUUUCCUGUUUUUGAAAAUCUACCCUUGACCAUAUUUUGCCUGCUAGUCACCAUCUUUCUUUUAUUUUCCUACAAACCCUUAGGAGAGUACCCUGUGGUCCUGCUCACUUUGACCUCUGAAAUGACCAGUGAAAUCCUUGUUCCCAUGAAUUAUGUGGCUGGAUUAAGAUUUGUUAGACUAGGGACAGUUUGAUGGCUCAGUGGAUAGAGCACCAGGCCUAGAGUCAGGAAGAGCUGGGUUCAAAUGUGGCCUCAGACACUUCCCAUCUGUGUGACCCUGGUCAAGUCACUUAACCUCAGUUGCUUAGCCUUUACUGUUCUUCUGUCUUGGAAUUGAUUCUCAGCAUUGAUUCUAAGACAGAAGGUAGGAGUUUAAAAAAAAAAAGAUUUAUUAGACUAUGAGACAGCAGUCAUUUGGAAAAGAUGGAGAAUAAGCCCUCAGGUAUUUUUAGAGGACUUAAUAAAAUGUGCCUUUGUAUUGAAUCAGAGCCAGCGAUUGCACUGUGAUAUAUUUAUUACUCUAUAAAUAUUUUUAAAUUGGCAACAUGUCUUAGGUACUUCUUGUUUUGCCAGGCCUUGAGCCGUAAAGGGCCAGUUAGGUUACGUGACAAAAAUGUCAUGGAGACCUGGAAGGAGAAAUGCUAAAUGCUUUUUGGGAGGUGAUCUUAUCGAAACCAAUACCAAAAAGAGUUUAAUUUUAUGAAUUGUUUAUUUCCUCCCAUAAUCUCGUUAUGGACCUGACUGCCAUAACCAUGGACCUAGAGAACCAAAUCUGUAUAUCUUGUUUGAAUUUAGUAAAGGGAUUUAAUUUUUUAAAAAAUUAUAUGCCUAAUUGCAUCAGGAAUUAUUAACCUGGAGUCAGUUAACUAGGAUGGGAAAGAAUAAGAAAACUAUAUCUUUACUACAAUUUAAUUGAUUUCCUUUUUAUUUUAGAUGCAUUUAAGAACAUUAUUCUGAGAAGGGGUCCAUGAGCUUCAUCAAAUUGGCAAAGGAGGCCAUGACACAAAAAACAUUAAGAACCUCUACUCUAGAUCAUAAAUUUGCAGUUGGGGCCAGUGUGUUCAUGGCCUAAGAAUGUGCCUUCAUAUAGAAUUAGAACCAUUGCACUGUGAUGUAUUUAUUAUUUGGUAAAGAGAUGUUUUAUAAUGUGCUGUUGUUUGGGUUCUGAAUUUAGAACUUAAUUAGUACCAUUCUUUAACUUGCAAAGGAGAAGUUAUGUCAAGUUUUAUCCUUCCCCCUCCCUUCCUGCAGUGGAUUAUAAUCUAUUUACCUUCCUUGUGAUACAACUUCUUGAUCUAGGAAGUGGGAAAAUUAUGUUACAGAACAUAGGAGUAAAGGACAACAUGAUGAAAAAAAUAAUCUGAAUAUUGUCUGGGUGAAAAAAAGAAGUCAACUGUAUGAAAAUUUGUCUUAAAUUUCUUCUUGUUGGUACUAGACUAUUGGACUUAAAUAACUUUACCAAGCUUCAAUUUUUCAAAGACCUCUGAAAUUAAAACUGAUUUUUUGAGACCGUU